AUGUAUUUUUGUUUCAGAGACCGCCAUCACAAGAAACGUUCAAAAUCAAGAUCUCGUUCGCGCUCAGUAACACCAGAAAAAAAACGGCACCGUUCCCGAAGUCGUGAGCGCACAAAGAAAAAGUCAUCCCGCCGUGACCGACGAAGCCUCUCACGAGAUAACAUUCGACGAAGCCAUUCCCGAGAUUAUGACCCACUGCCUCAUUCACGAGAUCGUGAUCGAGAGCGUCGGGAUCGCAAGCGGGAGCGAAGACAUGGUGAUAGUAAAGAAACCCCCUCAGACCCAAAACCACGGAAGCGCUCGCGGUCAAAAGAACGUAAAAACAAGGAGAAGCACAACGAGGAACUGCCCUUUGACCACACCAAACUCGACAAAGACGAGGAACAGAAACGGCUUGAGCUAGAAAUGCAGAAGCGUCGUGACCGUAUCGAACGUUGGCGUUCCGAACGGAAGAAAAAGGAACUGGAAGAUUCCACAAACGACGCAAAGCCAAAUCUUGCUGAUCUCCAGUUGCCGUCUAAGAAAUGGUCUCUGGAGGAUGACAGCGAUGAAGAAAUUCCUGUGGUUAAAAAGGAAGACAAGCCAGAAGUGGCAGAGGUGGUAGAUCCCAUUGAUGAGGAAGAAAUUGAUCCUCUUGAUGCCUAUAUGGCUGGCGUCCAGGAAGAAGUCCGAAAAGUUGGAAAAGUCGCGCCUAAGAGCGGGUCUAAUGCUAAUGGAAACAGUAGCGGAGUGAUGAUAAUCACUGGAGUCGCUAGAAAACGAAUUCAAAAGCAGAAGGGAGAGUUGAUUGAACAGAAUCAGGACGGCCUUGAGUAUUCCAGUGAAGAAGAGACUGAAAACUUGCACGAAACAGCCGCUGGAAUUGCUAACAAGCAGAAGCGCGAGUUGCCUAAAGUAGAUCAUACUAACACUGAAUACUUGCCGUUCCGCAAAGCUUUCUAUGUUGAAGUCCCGGAGAUUUCCAGAAUGACUCCUCAGGAGGUAGAGUUGUACAAGGAAGAAUUGGAAGGGAUUAAAGUUAAAGGCAAAGGGUGUCCUAAGCCUAUAAAGUCGUGGGUACAGUGUGGAAUCACUAAAAAAGAGCUAGAUGUGCUUAAGAAACUCGGCCACGAGAAACCCACUCCAAUUCAGUCCCAGGCGAUUCCUGCCGUAAUGUCCGGUAGGGAUUUGAUAGGAAUCGCCAAGACGGGAAGCGGUAAAACGCUUGCGUUUUUGAUGCCCAUGAUUCGGCACAUUCUGGAUCAACCUCCGGUAGCGGACGGAGAAGGCCCUAUUGCGUUGAUAAUGACCCCGACGCGGGAGUUGUGUAUGCAAAUUGGCCGGGAUUCAAAGAAGUUCACUAAAUCUCUGGGACUUAGGCAUGUGUGCGUUUAUGGUGGGACGGGAAUUUCCGAGCAGAUUGCGGAGUUAAAGCGUGGGGCGGAAAUAAUUGUAUGUACACCGGGUAGGAUGAUUGAUAUGCUCGCGGCUAAUAGUGGUAGAGUGACUAAUUUGAAGAGAGUGAGUUAUGUGGUGUUAGAUGAGGCGGAUAGAAUGUUUGAUAUGGGGUUCGAGCCCCAGGUGAUGAAGAUCAUGGAGAACGUUCAGCCUAAUCGGCAAACGGUUUUGUUUAGUGCGACCUUUCCGAGGCAAAUGGAAGCUUUGGCUAGGAGGAUCCUGCAGAAGCCGGUGGAGAUUCAGGUAGGUGGAAGAUCUGUAGUUUGUAAGGAGGUUGAACAGCAUGUGGUUGUUCUUGAUGAGGAGCAGAAGUUCUUCAAGCUUCUGGAGAUUUUGGGGCACUAUCAGAACAAGGGCUCGGUUAUUGUUUUCGUGGAUAAGCAGGAACAUGCUGAUAUGUUGCUCAAGGAUUUGAUGAAGGCUUCGUACGCCUGUAUGUCUUUACAUGGUGGAAUUGACCAGUGUGAUAGGGAAGCGACGAUCAUGGACUUUAAAGCUGGAAAGACUAAGCUACUAAUUGCGACUUCGGUUGCUGCUAGAGGGCUGGAUGUUAAGCAAUUGGUUUUGGUGGUUAAUUAUGAUUGUCCUAAUCACUAUGAAGACUAUAUCCAUCGGUGUGGAAGAACAGGUCGGGCGGGUAAUAAAGGGUUCGCGUAUACUUUCAUCACUCCUGAACAGGAACGAUAUGCUGGGGAUAUCAUUCGCGCUCAUGAACUAGCUGGGGUUCCCGUUCCGGAGGAAUUGAAGGAAUUGUGGUAUAAAUAUAAGGCUAGGUUGGCGGCUGAUGGGAAGAAAGUUCAUACGGGAGGCGGGUUCAGUGGAAAGGGAUUCAAGUUUGAUGAGUCUGAGGCUGCGUUGGCUAAUGAGAAGAAGAAGUUCCAGAAAGUGGCUUUAGGGUUGCAAGAUUCUGAUGAGGAGGAUAUCGAAAGUGAGAUGGAUCAGAAGAUUGAAAUUAUGCUGGCGCCCAAGAGGAGUAUCAAGGAAAUUUCGCAUCCGGGGAUUUUUAGUCAGCCUGGGCAAGGACAGUCGACUGCUACGGAUAAGCUUAAAUUGGCGCAGAAGUUGGCGUCGAAAAUUAACUUUGAGAAGAAUUUGGGCCCGGAGGCUAAAGGAGUCACUCAGCAGGCUGCCAAGGCUAUUCUUGAGGGAGCUAGAUCGAUUAAUCUUAUCACUCCUAAAACUGUCGUCGCACAAAUAGCAGCCAAGAUCAACACCAAACUGAACUACCAACCAAACGACGAAGAUCUUUUAGUGGACAAUAAUGAAGUCAGAGAGCAGACUUUCAAGAGGUACGAAGAGGAGUUGGAAAUAAACGACUUUCCGCAGCAAGCACGUUGGCGCGUUACUAGCAAGGAAGCACUCGCCCAAAUAUCAGAAUACUCCGACGCUGGGUUGACCAUCAGAGGUACUCAUGUUCCGCCAGGAAAGAAGCCACCAGAGGGUGAACGGAAACUCUACCUAGCCAUUGAGUCCACCAGCGAAUUUGCUGUAAGCAAAGCCAGAGCCGAGGUCUGCAGGUUAAUCAAGGAAGAAUUGAUGAAGAUGCAAUCAUCGGGUGCCCAUACUGGCUCGCGCGGACGUUAUCAAGUUUUGUAA